UCAGGAGCUGAGCAAGCAUCAAACCAACUCGGGACAGCCAGGAAAGGAUGCUGCGAUUUGAGUUCUUAAGCAGACAGUGAGGCUGAUUCGAUAUGCGUGCAUUUAGCUAGAGCUAAAGACAACAAUGGAAAAUAAUGGAAACUGAGACAACACGUGAGCAGGGUACUCUGUGGGGGAGGAGGACCUCAGGGAGAGAGUGUAUGUGUAAGGUGUAAUGAUGUGUGUGUGCGUGCGCUACGCAUUGGUAACCAUGCUGUAUCUCAUGUACACACAAAGCUGACAACCAAAUCAAACAGGGACAUAUUCAGUAUAGCAACAACUACUGCUGCUGUUCUAGUUUAAAGGACUUUGAUGGGAUUGCGACUGAGACUUCAGACUGAGACUAAUGGUGCUGAUUUCCAAACGGAUGAGGGCUGAUCUUCCUUAAGUGGUGCUGUCUGAAUGACAAGAAGAAGCAGGUCUAUUAUGUGCCAGCUUGAAGGGGCCAAAUGCAUCUUCCUAUUAUGCCUAGGGAUGAGCGUGAUGGUCUUUUCCGUUAUUUACUUGCGGGGCAAAUUGCCAAAGGAGGCCCCACCCAUGGAACCACUGACUUGUCGGCCUUUCUCUGCCCAAUGCUGUGCUUUUCUUCCUGCCACUCACGAACAGACCAAAUGGCAUCGACGUGACUGUCAGAUACAAAGCUAUAUUACAAACAAUGAUCUUCAAUGCUCCCAUUUCAUGACGGACCUUCAUUUCAUCUCAACACCCCUGAGCGAUGAAGAGGAGAACUAUCCUUUAGCGUUCAUCCUGACUGUUCACAAGGAGCUGGAGCUUUUUGUGCGAAUACUUCGGGCGAUUUACAUGCCCCAAAAUGUCUACUGCGUUCAUGUGGAUGCAAAGGCUCCGCAGGAGUACAGAGCAGCCAUAAUGAAGCUGGUUAACUGCUUUGAAAACAUCUUCCUGUCCAGUCGGAGCGAGAUCGUGACCUACGCUGGCUUUUCCCGCCUGAAGGCAGAUUUAAACUGCAUGACUGACUUGGUCAAAUCCAAGGUCGGCUGGAGGAAGGUGGUGAACUUGUGUGGACAGGACUUCCCGAUCAAGAGCAACCUGGAACUGGUGCGCUAUAUGCAGAGCAAAGAGUGGCGUGACAUCAACAUGACACCGGGGAUCAAGCAGCCAGCGCAUAUGAGGCACCGGACGCAGCUCCAACACAAGGAGAUAGUUGGUUAUCACAUGGCCCUCAAAGGCCUCAAGAAAGGUCCGCCUCCACACAACAUGCAAAUAUAUUUUGGGACAGCCUACUACGCACUCACGAGAGGCUUUGUCAACUUUGUUCUGAAGAGCCCCAAAGCCCGCGACCUCUUGGAGUGGUCCAGGGACACAUUCAGUCCAGACGAGCACUACUGGGUGACGCUUAACCACAUCAAAGAUGCUCCAGGGAGCAACCCAGAUGGAGGCUGGGCGGGAGCCAUCCGAGCUAUCAAGUGGCGGGAUCAAGAAGGAGACAAGCACAACGGCUGCAAUGUGGCUCCAGCCAGGAUUGCAGAUGUCAAGGCUUCAGUCGACAGGAACUUUCUCAGUGCAAAUGCCGUUAUGUACGAGACAUUUGCAUCUACGGAGUGGAGGACCUGCCGUGGAUCAUCAACAGGAACAGCAUGUUUGCCAACAAAUUUGACAGCCACGUCUCCCCAGAGGCUCUGGACUGUCUGGAGCAGUGGCACAGAAACAAGGUGCUGAGCCAGGCCACUGUUCCCAUAGAGGCGUCAUGGCUGCUGGCCACACAGAGCAACUUAAGCAGCAGUAGCAGUCUCAACAAGUGUGCUGCAGCAUAAACUCAAUGGUGGUAAUUAUUAGUGAACUUUCAGUAUAAUGUUGUCCAGAUUGUUUGCACACAUUUACGGGAGGAACAUCCAAAAUGUUGUCUCGGAAAUGGGAUGAUGCACUGAUUUUUUUUUAACAUUGAUCAAUAACUAGUAAUUUGUGUUUAUGAAACUGGUAGGCAGCUGUUCUUCUUUGUUCUGAUUGCUUAAUCAGAAUAUUAUUGUGAAAUUGUUUCCCGUGGCUGUAAAUGGUACAACAUUUAUGUUAAAUUUCCACAAAACUUCUAUGGCAAGUUUAGCUCUAUAGUUUUUUUUUAUUUACUUAUUUCCCCUUAUGAGAAUUAAUGGAAAUUAGCUAAAUCUUCUGCACUUAAACUUUCUUCUCCACAAACAAUAACAAUGAACAUUUUGCUUUUCUCGUCACCAGACGUGCAUAUAAACGGUCCUAAACAUAUACCAGGUGGGUGUAUUGUCUGAAUAUGGUAAAAUCAUUUGGGUACCUAAAUAUACAUUUGCAUUAAAAUAAAAGCUAUUUAUCAUAUCCAAAAAUGCCUUAAUGUUACUGGCUAAAAGUGUAAGUGCCGCUCACCUUGUGGCAGAUUUCGGUCUUCACCUCCUUGAGGGCACGGUCCGAGAAGACACAACCGCAUGUCUGCAGGUAACAGAACCUGAAAAUUAAAACAUCAGGCAUUACAUUUUCAUUCGCCAUGUUAUGUGGAGUUUGGUGUUGUUUUUACCUAUGCCUGCCGUUCAUCUCUAACCCGAC